AUGGUAGUCACAGGCACUAUUUGUCCAUUGCUGAAAUUAGCUCUCCAAAUAUUCGGUAUUUGGCCGGAUGUAUCAUUCACCUUCGUCAGCCAGCUGAUUUAUCUGUUGACUACACUCAUCCUGCAGUACUUUCAGUAUCAAUACAUAUACAUGAUCUUCAAGCGCGGUGAGCUCUAUGGUCUCGCAGACAGCUUGCCGGGGACUGUAUAUUAUAGCUUAACCAGCUUCAAGGUGUUCACACUUUGGAUGCAUCAUCGCUUAAUUCGCGAAUUAUUGACCACUAUGGAUAUUGAUUGGCGGGAGUGCAUGAAGGUCGACCAACAUUUGCUCGUAAUGAAGACAAACGCUAGCUUCUCGAAGUUUUGUACGCACUUUUUGAUUUAUUUCAAUACGAUCGCUGGUUCACUCUAUUUCGGAGGUGAUAACUUGAUAGCUAUCGUGCAAAUUCUACGGGGAUACAAUGUUACUUCGCGACCUUUUCCCACGAAGUUACUACUUCCGUUUGAUGCCGAGCAAUCGUCGGUCUAUAACUGGAUCGUCCUCGUCUUGUACCUGCAUUCGAUGUCAGUGGUAUAUCUAGACAAUUUUCUCACUGCAUUCAUAAUUAGUCUGGUCUCUCAUGCGUCCGGACAAAUCGAAAUCAUCUGUCAAGAGUUGAAAGCUAGUUCUGAGGAAAUACAAAGUAAUGGAUCUCUGGCUUAUACAACAAGAAUGUUGAUCCAGAAUCAUAAUAAAGUCAUCUCAUUUUCCAAAAAUAUUGAUAGACUCUUCUCUUACAUAGCUUUGAUGCUAGUUUUUGGUGAUACCAUAAUAAUUUGCUUCCUAGGACUCGUUGUUAUGACAUCUCACUCAAUACAUAUCAUCACCCUGCUUAAAAUAUUCUUUGCUUACUUCGGCGUAACAAUAGAAGUUUUCGUAUAUUGUUUUGUCGGAGAACACCUAGGCCAUAAGAGUAAGUUACUUGGCGAUGCAGGGUACGAUUCUUUGUGGUACAAUAAGUCAUCUAGUCACAAAAAGAAUAUAUUAUUUAUAAUCAUGAGAUCUCAGAAGCAAUUGAAUAUUACAGCCGGAAACAUGGUAGAUUUAUCGUUAGAAACCUUUACAAGUAUCAUAAAAGCAUCGGCAUCGUACAUGUCCGUUUUGAAUGCAAAGUAUUAA